AUGGUCAAGGUUCUUCUAACCGGGGGUAGCGGCUUCAUUGCUGCUCAUAUCAUCGAUUUUCUUCUGAAACGCGGAUUCGACACGGUAGUGACAGUGAGGUCGGAAGUAAAGGGCCAAAAGAUCCUUGAUGCUCACCCCACUGUACCGAAAGAAAAGCUGUCUUAUGUCAUCGUAAAAGAUGUUGCAGCAGAGGGUGCAUUUGACGAGGCCGUCAAAUCAAACCCACCCUUUGAAUACGUCCUCCAUACAGCAUCUCCUUUCCAUCAUAAUGUUUCGGAUCCCGUUAAAGACUUCCUAGAUCCCGCUAUCAAAGGUACAACAGGAAUUCUGAAGGCCAUUAAGGCCUAUGCACCAACAGUGAAAAGAGUCGUAAUUACAUCUUCAUUUGCGUCUAUUGUCAACGUGAAAGCCCAUGCGAAAGUAUACAAUGAAGAUAGUUGGAACCAAGUAACCUGGGAGGAGGCCCUGGACCCUGCCCAAACGUACAGAGCAAGCAAGACAUUUGCGGAAAGAGCUGCUUGGGACUUUGUCAAGAAGGAAAAACCAAACUUUGACAUUGCAACCAUAAACCCGCCCUUGGUCUUGGGGCCUGUCGUCCAUUACUUGAACUCCCUGGAUGCCAUCAACACCUCUAACAUGCGGAUUAGCGACAUGAUCCGGGGCAAUUUCAAGGACCAGCUACCUCCAACAGUGACUUUCUUGUGGGUCGAUGUUCAGGAUGUCGCACUGGCUCAUGUGAGAGCUAUUGAGGUCCCAGAAGCAGGGGGUCAAAGGUUCUUUGUGACCGCCGGCUUUUUUUCAAACAAAGCCAUUGCAGACAUAAUCAGAGAAUCCCAUCCUGAAUUAGAAGACAAAAUACCACCAAAGGAUGCUCCUAAUGACACGCCGGCGGACAUUUACGGCUAUAAUAACAAGAAGUCCAUUGAGGUUUUGGGUAUUAAGUACCGGUCAUUGAAGCAGUCUGUUGACGAGACUGUCAAAUCGUUGUUGGCGGUGGGUGCAUAG